AUGGCAUAUCUCGCUCUUAUAUCUCUACAAUGGAUACUCAAGUUCAAGCCCCCCGUAUAUAUAUCACAGGGUUUAUUUUUAUCAAUCUAUACUGCACUUGAGAGUGUGUCAUGGAUACACUCAUACUUCACAUCCAUACCGAAUAUCACCAAGAACAGAUUAGAGAUCUCAAAUGAAGAUCGACGAGGGUUGUUCGAAGAACUGAUGAACAAUCUGAGAGGGAAAGAUAAUAAGGGUUUUGAUGAUUGGCUCAGAGGAUGGUUCUAUAUUCCAAGGCUCCAAUCACCGAACAAGGAAACUUCCAGUAUAACGAACAUAUUCAAUGCAUCGCAGAUAUUCGAUGUACCGGAAGAAGAAUCCGAGCUAGUCAUGAGGUAUCAAGAAAUCAAGAGAGGUAAUGUGGAAGAACUACUCUGUGGUAUCUUCUUUGACUCCGCUCUCUUCGAGGUACUCUCUGACCCGAUCAAAAACCAUACAUUGAUAUCAAUGAUGAAUCGAUUGGAACUACAACGAAAUCACAAAUUUCCUUCCGGUCACAAUAACGCUCUGAAACCUUUAUGUCCAAGAUUGGAUGAAUCGUUGGUUAAAAGUGAAUAUCGUCCCUUGAUGUUUUACAUGGGUAUGGCAAUCAUCCAUUGGAUAUUUGAACUUCUCAUCUUCUGUGCGGGAUUCAAGAAAGUUAGACAAGGAUGUAUGACUGGAUGGUAUCAUCCUAACGAACGAAAAAGCGGAAUAAUCAAAUCCCUCAUCAGACGAUCCGCCACCAAGGGUAACGAGGGAAAACAACGACUACCACAACCACAACCUAUCGUAUUUAUACCAGGAUUAGCAGGACCUUUUUUCCUUAUUCGCCUUAUUCUCAAUCUGUUAGUGCUGGACCAACCGAUCUUGGUCGUUGAUCAACCUCAUUUAUUAUCAAAACUACGACUUUCAAUGCCAUCCACUUGGACGGACCAAAUCACGAUACCGAGUUUACCUGAGAUAUCUAAAGAUACCAUAUCGUUCUUACAGAAACAAACAAACUAUGAUAGACGCCCAAAGGCUACGGAGGAUGGGAAGGAAGCAGCUGUGGGAAUGAUGAUCAUUGCUCAUUCCCUUGGUUCAGCACUAGCUUCAUCCUUGAUCAAACAUAUCAAUGACAAUACCAACGUCGCCUCCUCCACCAUCACGGAUACCAACGAAAACGGAGAUAUAAAAUUGGUAUUGUUAGAUCCAAUAUCAAUACUCCUAAGUCACUCGCACCUCACACAAACUAUCUACCUCUCUUCUCCGAAGAGAGAAGAACAAGAAGGGAAUAUGGGUAUGCUCAAAAGGUAUCUCAUAAGAGAAAAAGGGAUGAUGCGAUACUUGAUUAACGAAUUCAAUCCAUUCGAUUCUUUCUUCCCUAUCCACUCGUACUUGGAAUCCCCGAAGACAUCCUCAAAUGAUAACACGAAGAUGAAGAUGCAGAUGAAGGUGAAGAUGAAAGUGAUCCUAUCAGAGAAAGAUCACUUGUUACCUGUAAACGAGAUUGGAUCUUACCUCUCAAGAAAUCAGGUAGAUCACGAGGUAUUACAAGGGGUACAACAUGGAUUAUGGGUGAUGGAUAGGAAGGGAUAUGACAGAGUAUGGGACUGUAUUGAAAAUAUGAUUAAAUCAAAUAUCGAAAAGGACGACAAUAACAACAACGUCCGAUGUAAGGUUGAGACCAAUACCUCCGUACAAGAUAUCAUGUUGGAAGAUAAGUCGAAAUUUACAAUGGCGAUGUCACGAACAAGAUCAAAAUCGCUUUUACUCAUAUCCGAAAUCUUAAAUUCACCUUCUUUACAUAGCAGUCCGCUCAAGAUGAAUAUGAGUCGAAUGAGAAGUAGGACCAUAUCUUCCAUGGGCUAUUGCCAGGAUAGCGAACAACAAUCGAUGAGUAGACAAUGUUCGUCUAUUGGGAUGAACAAGACUUUGAAUUUGAGCAGGUUCAAGAGAGGUUACAAGUGA